GCCCCUGGUGACGAGGCAGGGAACCGAUGCUGAGCUCUCUGCACACAGCCCCAGUCGGGGAGCUGGAAGCCGAAGACAUGAACAAGAUCUUCCCCAAGGGAGAGAAUGGCUGCGUUGCUGCUGGAACCAAGGCCAUCCCUGGAGGGGAAGCAGGCUGCGGCCCCCUCUGCUGCUCACGUCGCGGGGCCUGCCUCUCUGCCUUUCUGCUGCUCCUCCUGGCAACUCUGGCCGCCCUCAUCGCCUUGGUCACCACGCUCGGACUCCCAUCACGAACCCCAGGAGCCCAAGCUUGUACAACACUGACAAACAGGACAGGCUUCUUGUGCCGUGACCAGAGGAGCUGCAUUCCAGCCAGUGGGGUCUGUGAUGGCGUUCGCACCUGUACCCACGGCGAGGAUGAGGACGAGAGCUUGUGCCGAGAUGUGCCCCACAGCCUCCCCCGCUUCCUCGUGGCCCACUGUGGAGACCCAGCCUCCUGGAUCUACUCAGACCAAAAAUGUGAUGGGACCAACAGCUGCGGGGACUGCUCGGAUGAAGUGAGCCCAGUGACGGUGUGCCCACCCUGCGGCCCUGGGUGGUGGCGCUGUCCUUCAACUGUCUUCAUUUACUGCGGCUGUAUCCCGAGGCAUCUCUGCCGUGACCGUGUACAGCACUGCUCCGACUGGUCAGAUGAGUACACCUGUCCCGGACCCUGAGUGGGCCGCUCAGGCCAGCAUGGAAGGCCGGCUGGAACGGCACUGAUAACCCUUCACAUGAAAAUUGAAUCGUAGGCCAGGUGUGCUGGCUCACACUUGUAAUCCCAGCACUUUGGGAGGCCGAGGCAGACAGAUCACGAGAU